AUGACAACAACAACAACCACACGAAGAGAUUCGUUGCAUCGAGACACCACCAACAGGAUGACGGAAACAACCACCAUCACCACAACAACAACAACAACCACAAGAAAUUGCUUCAAUAUGGAAGGUUACAAAACAUCAUGUGCAUCUUUAUUGAAUGACACAACGAGUUCUGUAUUAUUGACUUCUUCUUCCGAAAUGUUAAUAUGGAAUGAUUUCAAUACUACUUGUUCGUCGCCGUAUUCAUUGACGGCAAAAGGUCCAACGACCCAUACGUAUGAUCAUGAUUUAUACAACCAACAACACCAUCAAUACACGAAUCAUGACCGAAACGCAACAAGAGUUUCGAGUGGCGGGAUGGACAUGGCUCUGUCAUCCUCAAAAGAUUCUUUGACAGGUGGCAUCUGUCGACGUAAUACUGAAAUUGCCAACAAGAUCACUCCGGAUGAAUGCCGUAAACAACAAGAUGAAUAUAUUCGGAAUAAUGAACCAUUAUUAUUACUAUCGAAAAUUUUCUUCCUUCAAUUUUUAUUUCGUAAUAGAAUUUACAAAUUGAACAACAAGUCAACAGAAAAGAAACGAAAUUUGCAGAAAACGUUUAAAACACAAGAAUCUUCUCCUUCAUCAUCAUCAUUGGUUGAUUCACAACAGAAAAAUCAGAUGAAAUUAUUUCAUUUAUUACUAUUUUUAGUUAUUUAUUGCAUCUAUUCUUGGUACGUGUUCGACCAAUUCCAAACUGUCACCACCACGUGGAUACCGUUUGUGAGCGGCGCUGAUCGUUCACACCAAGCUCGAAUAGCUUCUUCAGAAGACGAUUUUAUCGGAUCUUAUCUUUUACAAGACGUGAAAUUUUGCAUCUCGUGUAAAAUUAAUCCUUCCAAAAAGGACAGCAUGAUCUUUUUCACAGAAAAUGUCAACAUUUCUUCGACCUCACAAACUACUCAACUUCUCUUGAUGGCUUUUGGAAAUAGUGAUUUUUCAUCAAUUGAUUUAACAUUUCGAGCGCCUCUUUCCUCAUCACGUGUUCCAACUCAUGGAAAUUCUUCCACUUCUCCACAAAAUUAUCUUCUCAUUCUCUCCUCAACACAAGUUCUAAAUUUUAACAUUAUACUUGAUGCUAACUUUCCAUUGAGUGGAAUUGUCUCUCAUUCUCCUCUUCAAAAUUCAGUCCUUGUGUCUUGGAUGUAUUCGAGUUCGAAUCAACAAUUUCCUCCAAAUAUCCCAAUCACGUAUUUAUGUCGAUCGGGUGACAAGUGUACACAUGACAUUCUCACUGAAGAAUCCACCUUUAAAAUUGAGAAUAGUGUUGCUUUCGCAAGAGCCAUGAGUCAACAAUUGGGUUUCGAAUGGCGCGCUUUUAUGUCAUGUGAAAAAGGAACUCGACUUCAGAUUCAACCCAAAGAAUUGCCUUGUGUUCCAUUAACGGAUGAAGUGAUUAUUUAUUUGUUUCUAGUGGUCCUUGUGUUUGUGGUGGCAUUUCUGAGCUGUAUGGGUAUGAUCUUAUUAAGGUGGUAUUGUGUGAAAAAGAGACAACGUCAAUAUGAGGAUGAGGAGCAAUUGAAGAGACAAAAGUUAUCAACCAGUUUGACGUUUGCUCCUCCUCCCUCUUCUUCUUCGUUUUUAAUAGAAAAUGGAGACAUUCGAGUGUUUUCAUCCAACAUUGCCGUGAGCCCGAAUCAUGAUGACAAGGUGUGA